CUUAUAAUCCCAAAGCAAACAGAAGAAAAAACGACACAAUAGCAAACACGAUGCAGUUCAAGAUCUUCGCACCGCUCGCCGUCCUCCUCGGCUCAGGCAUGGCGCAGGCGCCCGAGGCCACCUGCAGCCGGUCGCUGCCUGCGCCCGACCCUUACACGUGGAGGAUCGGCGGAAUCCGCAACUGGCUCAGCCAGAACCCGGAGGGGGCGCUGCGCGGCAACCUCGGGACCUGCGGCAGCGUCGGCAACUGGAGAUGGACGCGGGACAGGGACGCCGCCCAGGCCGAGUUCACUCUAAACAGCAAUGUGGACUGCGUUGCGCGGUACUCGCUACCGCACCCCUGUCAUUGCCGACGAGUGCUCGGUAAGCGUCUACCCUAUGCGGCACCGGUGCCCGUGCAAAUCGUCCGAGCCAAAGCCUGGAACAGUGUGCCGGCCCUUGGUGAUAGCCUCCUUUGUGACACGCUGUGCGUUGAUGUGGAUGGGGGUAACCUUGGAUAG